CCUUCCGGCUAAGGGCAGGUUUGACCCGGAAAUUCCUAUCGGAGCCCUAGUCCCUUUCAGUUCGGGCUCUGGGGUGAAGAUGGCGGCGGUGCAGGGAGCGGUGGUGGCCGAGGACGGCACCGAGACGAAACUGAGCAAAAAUGAGCUGAAGAGACGUUUGAAGGCUGAGAAGAAAAUGGCUGAGAAGGAGGCAAAGCAUAAAGAGCUCAGUGAGAAGCAGCUGAAUCAAGCCCCCACCACCAAUCACACGGUUGACAAUGGCGUGCCUGCUGAUGAGGAGAGCCUGGACCCAAAUCAAUAUUACAAGAUCCGCAGCCAGGCGGUCCAGCAGCUGAAAGUCAGUGGAGAGGACCCGUACCCACACAAGUUCCAUGUAGACACCUCCCUCACCCACUUCAUCGAGCAGUAUAAUCAUUUACAACCAGGUGACCACCUGACUGACAUCACUGUGAGAGUGGCAGGCCGGAUCCAUGCAAAACGGGCUUCUGGGGGGAAACUCAUCUUCUAUGAUCUUCGAGGAGAAGGAGUUAAGCUACAGGUGAUGGCCAAUUCCAGGAAUUAUAAAUCAGAAGAAGAAUUUUUUCAUAUAAAUAACAAACUUCGACGGGGAGACAUUAUUGGGGUUCAGGGGAAUCCGGGGAAGACCAAGAAGGGAGAGCUGAGCAUCAUUCCCUAUGAGAUUACACUCCUGUCUCCAUGCCUCCAUAUGUUGCCUCACCUUCAUUUUGGCCUCAAAGACAAGGAGACACGUUAUCGGCAGCGAUACUUGGACUUGAUCCUGAAUGACUUUGUGAGACAGAAGUUCAUCACCCGCUCCAAGAUAAUUACCUACAUAAGGAGCUUCCUAGAUGAGUUGGGCUUCUUGGAGGUAGAAACACCCAUGAUGAACGUCAUCCCAGGGGGAGCUGUUGCCAGACCCUUUAUCACCUACCAUAAUGAGCUGGACAUGAACUUGUAUAUGAGAAUUGCCCCAGAGCUCUAUCACAAGAUGCUGGUGGUUGGCGGCAUUGACCGGGUUUAUGAAAUUGGACGUCAGUUCAGGAAUGAAGGGAUCGAUCUGACUCACAACCCUGAAUUCACGACCUGUGAGUUCUACAUGGCCUAUGCAGACUACCAGGAUCUCAUGGAGAUCACUGAGAAGCUGGUUUCAGGAAUGGUGAAGAGCAUUACAGGAAGCCACAAGCUCACCUACCACCCAGAGGGCCCAGAGGGCCAGGCCUACGAGAUUGACUUCACCCCCCCCUUCCGGAAGAUCAGCAUGGUGGAAGAGCUGGAGAAGGCUCUUGGCAUGAAGCUUCCUGAGACCAGUCUUUUUGAAACAGAAGAAACUCGUAAGAUUCUUGAUGACAUCUGUGUGGCCAGAGGUGUGGAGUGUCCCCCUCCCCGGACCACAGCAAGGCUUCUUGACAAGCUUGUAGGUGAGUUUCUGGAAGUGACGUGCAUCAACCCUACCUUCAUCUGUGACCACCCACAGAUCAUGAGCCCACUGGCCAAGUGGCAUCGCUCCAAGGAUGGCCUUACUGAGCGCUUUGAGCUCUUUGUGAUGAAGAAGGAAAUAUGCAACGCCUAUACUGAGCUGAAUGACCCAGUGCGGCAGCGGCAGCUCUUUGAAGAGCAGGCCAAGGCCAAGGCCGCAGGUGACGAUGAAGCCAUGGUCAUCGAUGACAAUUUCUGUACUGCCCUGGAAUAUGGUCUGCCGCCAACGGCCGGCUGGGGGAUGGGCAUCGACAGGCUCACGAUGUUUCUUACAGACUCUAACAACAUUAAGGAGGUCCUUCUCUUUCCUGCCAUGAAACCUGAAGAGAAGAAGGAGAAUCCAUCACAUACUGGUCUGUCUGAAGGCACAGCAGCUGCUGCCUCCAGCUAGAAGAGAGGCAUGCAGCCUCUGCUGAUGUGGACAAGGGACUCAAGGCCAGGAGGACCGAUGGGAGUGUCCGGAGCUCGGUCCUGCUGGUGUUUCUCACCUAGGGGAGCGCAGCCAAGAGUGCUUUCUACUUAUCACCACCAAAUAAACCAUUUUUCUCUU